AUGACUUUUGCAAGAGAAGAUCAAGACUAGUAGUAUUCUUAAAUGAAUGACAAUUACUAACAGUCUGUAUUUCAAAACCAAGAGGAAGGCAUGAACCACCCACUAAAUGGAUAGUAAAUUUACAAUACAUAACAACAAUAACAACAUCUUACCGAUAAUCAUAUCAGUAGAAUCGGGGCCAUCACUUCUACUAAUCAAUACUCUAAUUUAUCUCAAGUUGAAUAACUGAAAGCAUUCUUGACUAAGUUGUUUUCAAGUGAGGAAGUGAGAUCAUUAGCUGAUGCAAGACUUCGUAUAGAAGAGGAAUUUGAGAAUAAAUUCUUGCCUGAGAGAGAUCUCCUCGACUAUCUCAUCAUUAAACAGGAAUUCGCUAAGAAUGCCAACAAUAAUAAAAAGCAGUCGCUUAGACAAGCGCAAAAUAGACUGAAUAAAUUUGCUGCCAAGAGAAGUGAUAAGUAUAAAUAGAAAAGAAAUAAGUCUAAUGUGAGCAUGAACGAAUUGGAUAGAGAGGACAGUGACUAGAAUCAAAAUGAAGAUGCUUAUGAAAGAUUAGAACAUGAUGAUGAUUCUGAUCCUUCAGACCUUGGCGAUAAUUUUUCCUACGGUCAUGAGAGCAACCAUAAUGACAGAGAACAAUUGAAUAGAGGAUGGAAUAAUGAAGAAUAGGAAGGAGAUCAUUCUAAUCAUGAGGAUAAUGAAAAUACUGACAAUGAUGGAGACAUUGAUCAAAUGAUGGAUGUAGACGAGGGCCAAUCUUUUGAAAACUCCUAAACUCAAAAUGCAAGCAGACUAGAGAAGCAAACUAAAAUUAAUCACUCUAAAUUUCUAGAAGAUAGAGUUAAGCACAAGAGCCAGCAUACUUAGGAGGAUCAAAAAGAAGAAGAGGAGAAGAAUUAAAUGAGUGGGGGAAAGAAAUAGUAAGUUGAGAGAACUUUCCUUGAGAAAUGUAAACUCGUCGGGAGAAUUGGACCAAUUGAGACUAAACUUUAAAUUGAUUAAAUGCAGGGAAAUGUUAAGUAGUUUGAUCCUCUUGGACUUGAUGUCGAGGCUCUCACUUCUUACGCAUCGGUAAAGGCAAAUGUAGCAGUCUUUAGUGGCAAGUAUUAUUAUGAAGUAAGACUGCUCACUGCUGGAAUUAUGUAAAUUGGUUGGUGCACACUUGCAACAUAUUUUUCAGAAUAGUAUGGUGUAGGUGAUGAUGCUACAUCCUAUGCUUACGAUGGAGCCAGAGUAAAGAAAUGGAAUUAGCAACAAAGGGCUUAUGGGAAAGCUUGGUGUGCUGGAGACAUUAUUGGGACACUUUUAGACUUAGAUAAGAAAGAGAUCACUUUCUACAGGAAUGAUGAAAACUUAGGAGUAGCCUUUAGAAAUAUUAAAGUUGGUCAAAAUAUGGCUUACUUCCCAGGAGCAAGUUUAGCCAAUGGGUAAAGAGUCAUAUUUAAUUUCGGUGCUUCGAUACCUUUUAGAGCCAGAUAGCCUUAUGAUGUCUGUGCAAUAUAAGAACCAACCAGCUAGGUAAAAUGCUAUGGUGAUUGUGCUUUGUUCCUAAUUGAAACAAUGAAAAGAUUUGUAAUGCAGUAUGUAGAAUUUGAAACACUAUCAAAUGAUACCAAACUUAUGGUUGGCUCAAUACUUAUGGAAUAUCUUUAUCCUUUGCUAUCAAAUGAUCCAUUUUUAAUGGAAGAGUAACUGGUAUAAUUCAUUUUUGAAUUGAUGAGCAUUAAUAGACCUGAUCUAGAAGAAAUAAUUCUAAAUCUUAUAGAAAUUCAUUUUUCAGCAGAUUAAUUAAUCGAAUGGAUAAGUCAGCUUAUGCAAAUUAUUUGCAGGAAAAUUAGUCAAAUUCCAUUGAUCCAUGCUGACUCUCCUACUAAAAGAGAAUUUGAAUUGAGUAUUAUGAGGUUUCUUGUUAUUGCUCUACAAAGAGAUUCUAUUCUAUAUUCUUGGCUUUGCUCAGAUACUCUGUACUAAGAUUUGGAAAAUCUUUACUUUUUACACUUCCCAACUUAGCAGGAGAUGGAAUAGCUUAUCCCAGAUAUCUAUCAUGAGAUGAUCCCUGGAUCUGAAAGACAUAAGGAAAAAUAUGAAUAAAAAUUGAAUCAACUUAAGAGUAACAUUUCUUUGCAAUAAAAUUACUGGUUUAAGAUUACAGAACUCCUAUUCUAGAAAAGAGUUAUCAGUAAAAUACCAGAUGCAACAUUGGAUAAAUGUCCUAGAACCAUUUUCAUUGACUUCUUGAAGUAUCUUGUCUAUAAGAAUGUUGGUUAUAUAAAGAAUACUAAGCCUCCAGGUUUGACACCUGCAAGUACUUUGGGGAAUGUAUUCUUCUGUGCCGUUCGACAUAUGGAGGAAGUAGUCUACAGCAAAGACUUUGAAAGUUUUCCUUUCCAUACAUUUUUCACGAAAGACUAAUCAAUGAGUUACUUAGAUGAUGUCUUCAAGCAAGUUGAAAGAAUUGGCGGAACAUUCAGCUAUCUUGAAAGCCAUCUUCAACCUAGUCUUAAUAAAUUCAAAAGUAUAUAUCUGACUCAAGAGUAAACUGAAACUGCUGCUCUUGCUAAAAAUUUGACUUUGAUUUUCACUUUUGGAGUAAUCCAGGAAAUUCAAAUGUUUGUGAAGUAAAAUGAAAAAGUAUAUGUGGCUUGUAGAACUUAUGAUGACUUGACUGAUAAGGGCAAAUAUGAAGUGGGACCAAGAUAAAUUGAAGAAAUGCUUCAAUAGGCUAGAGUCUUGCCUUCUUUUCAAAUGAUAUUCUAAAUUCCUUCAAAUAGAGUUCAACUCCAUAAAUUUGCCUAUUGGUUGACAAAAACAUUGAAUUACAUAGACUUAAACUAUAAAAACUUGCUAUACAUAUUGCCAGAAGAGUUCGUACAAAUCCCUUUUGAAGUAUUUAGAGUGUCCAAAAGAGGAAAUAUUCCUCUAUAUGACUCAGAAUCAGACUAGAAGAAAUAUCCUGAAGAAUUCUAUGAGAUCUAUCAUAAUAAAAAGACUAGAUUUUCAGAGGAGUUAGUCCAGUUUAUAUCUAGACACUUUUGGGACUAAAACAUUAUUAAUCCUGACUUGAAGGACUAAUAUUUGACUAGGUUAAAUAUUGUCAUGCAAAAUCAAAUCUAUAUGGAUAUUAUUGAAAAUUGCUACUAUGCCUAAUAGAAUCUUGUGUAGGACUUAAUGAAAAGCUUUGACAAGAAAUAUUUGAUGUUAGUUUCCAAGAAUUUCCUAAGGUUUGCAAAAGGAAGAGGUUUCAAAGAAAUACAUUUGAGUCCAAUAGUAUCGGAAAACACUUACUCUCCAUUUUAUCUGAAUGAAAUCAGAAAUUAACUACUAAAAGCUGGUGAUAAAGUAACCAAAGACUUCUUAAAUGUAUUUUUCAACACAUUGAAUGAAUCAACUACAGAGCUAUUUGUGAUUUUUAAGGAACUUAAAAACAGCUACACUUAAAAUCUACUCAAAAGAACAAGAUAAACAUUUUAGUAGGUUGUCGAUCUUUACAGAAUUAUUGAGGUGAUAACCCAGUAUGUUCCAGAGGUAUUUGUUGAUAAGCAAUAGAUCCAUUCUACUAGACUUGUCAAUUAUAUGAUGUUUGUUUUGAAUUCAAUAUUUGUUGGUUAAAUUGAUGGUAAUAUUGAUUUCUUCUCAGCUAAAAUCAUGCAAAAAUCUGAAUCAUUAGCCUAGUUUUUAGCCCCAUUUAUUGGUAUUUUGAAAAAUAUCUAUGAUGCAGUGAAUAAACUUGGCAAUGUCGAUAAUGUCCGUUAUGAUAACUUAGCUGAUAUCUUUAUGAAGACCGAUUCAUUCGAGCCUAUGUUAUUUACUAAGCUUAGAGAUAUUGUUGUACAGCAACUUCCCCAUAAAAAUUAAGAAGAGGAGAAGGUAUUGUAAACUUUCGAAUAAAUGCUUAAUGAAAUCGACAUGCUGUGUCAGGCAAAUAAAAUAAGAAAGCAUAGCAUGAAGAGCUAGGAAAGUGAUGGAGAUAAUUAAAAUGGAGAUACUAAUAAAGAAGAUGAGUUUGAUGAAGAAAAACUCUGUAACAUCUGCUAUUUUUCUGAUAAAAACACUGUGUUUGUUCCUUGCGGUCAUUAGUCCUGCUAGAAAUGCAUUCAAGUCCACACCUAGAAUAGAGAUAAAAGAGCUAAAGCAACUGUGAAUUAGUAACCAGACCUUAAAAAGUUCAUAAAUUGA